GUACUCAUCACAUAUUUCAACAUGGAGCUUCAACUACUACCCUCUUAUUAUUUCCCAAUAGCCCUAUUGAUCAUCUCUUUUGCUUUUUUGUUUAAGUUAGUGAAAAGAGCUCCUCAUCAUGAUCAUACCAAAAACUCAGCUUCAAAACUACCACCAGGACCAUGGAGAUUACCUUUAGUGGGAAACAUCCACCAACUAAUAAUCUUAUUAUUAGGUUCGAACUCAUUACCUCAUCAUACACUCAGAGACUUAGCCAAAAAACAUGGACAACUCAUGUACCUCGAAAUCGGACAAGUUCCAACAAUAGUAGUUUCAUCAGCAGAGUAUGCUGAAGAGGUCAUGAGAACCCAUGAUGUUGUUUUCGCAUCAAGGCCUCAAAUGCUUGUUGGGAAAAUCAUGUCAUAUGAUUUUAGUGGCAUUGCAUUUUCUCCAUAUGGUGAGUAUUGGAAACAAAUUAGAAAGAUUUGCAUGCAAGUGCUUUUGAAUCCCAAAAUUGUUCGAACAUUUCAACCCAUUAGAGAAGAAGAGUUGUUUAAUCUUGUAGAAGAAAUAGCUUCAUCAUCAUCAUCAUCAUCAAAUGAUAUUGGAUUUGAUGGUCCUAUCAUUAAUCUUACCGAAAAGUUUAAAGCUUUGACUUAUAACAUCAUAUCUAGGGCUGCCUUUGGCAAGAAAAGCGGUGAUCAUGAAGAGUUCGUAUUGAUUUCGAAGGAAGCUCUCAAAGACUUUGGAGCCUUUGAAGUUGGUGAGUUUUUUCCUUUUCUUAGUUUUCUUGAUAAAUGGAUUAAGGGAGCUAAAUAUGAAAGGCUCCAAUUAAAGGCUUCAAAGAUAUUGGAAAAUAUUAUGGAGGAACAUAUUAAAGAGAAUAAUGAAAAGUCGUUGUCAUCGAUGUCAUCGACGUCAUCUUCAUCAUUGUCAAUAGUUAAAAGUGGAAAGGAAGAGGACUUGGUUGAUGUUCUUUUGAAGUUUCAUAACAACGGAGAUCUUGGCGAAUUCAACUUAACCAAAAAUAAUAUUAAAGCAGUAAUCAUGGACAUAUUUAUAGGUGGGAGUGAAACAUCAUCUGUUACUCUAGAUUGGGCUAUGGCCGAAAUGAUGAGAAAUCCAAGAGUAAUGAAAAAGGCUCAAGACGAGGUGAGAAAAGUUGUUAAAAAAAAUGGGUCGAUAAUGAAUGAAGGAUUACUCAAUGAGAUGAAAUACUUAAAAUCAGUUGUUAAAGAAACUUUAAGAUUACAUCCUCCUGGUGCUUUAGUUCCUAGAGAAUGUAGAGAAAAUUGUGAGAUUAAUGGUUAUCAAAUACCUAAGAAAACAAGAUUGAUUGUAAAUCUUUGGGCAAUUGGAAGAGAUCCAAAGUAUUGGAUUGAGCCUGAGAAUUUUAUGCCCGAAAGGUUUAUCGAAAGCUCUAUUGAGUUUAAGGGCGGAAAUUUUGAGUACAUCCCAUUUGGCGCUGGAAGGAGAAUAUGUCCAGGAAUAUCAUUUGGUCUCAUCAAUGUUGAGCUUCCUUUAGCAUAUUUGCUAUAUCAUUUUAAUUGGAAUCUUCCUAAUAAAAUGAAUCAUGAAAAUUUGGAUAUGACAGAGUUUGUUGGUGCAUCUGUUAGUAGAAGAGAUGAUUUGUACUUGAUUCCUAGCAUUAAUUCUUUUUAAUUAACUACUCACAUGCAUCAAUAUAUAAAUAUAUAUGUAAUAGAUAGUUUGUUAUAUAUCUAUUUGUAAUGUACAAUCCUUCAUUUUCUAUAAUAAUAUUAGAUUAUGUUUAUUUAGUUA